GACGCUUGUACCACACCGAAAUUUAGAGAGUACGACUAUUUACAAAGCUUUGACCGCCAAAUUUUAAAUUUUCCGAUAAAACAAAUCUUGGACUGUUAGUGGUUCUGCCGCUCAUAUCUAGCUUGCAUACUCUAGGUUAGGACUAAUAUGAAAAAAGCUAUUGAACGUUAUUCAUAGAUGUGUUGGGUUGCUGGUUAAAGUAAUGUGAAAAUAUAAUGCAAUUUCUAAAGUAUAGAGUUCCGUCGAUUAAAUCAAAAGCACCGAAUGCUGUUUUCAUUCAUAUCAAAACUCGCGCACAGAUGAUUUUGAGGGCAACAACAUCGUACACCGCAUUGCUUUAAAAAAAUAAAACCUACAUUUAUGUUCUUUGAAAUGCAAUUUGUACGGUUGAGUUAUCUUGAAUCUUGGUGCACAAAACAGUCUUACAGGCUCAGUUCAAUUGUCGAAGCAUCACGCGGUCAGGUUAACGGAAACUCCUGUUGAAUCUCUGCGACCUUCAAAAUUUAUGGUGUUUCUUACACAUGUUAACAUGAUGAUUGCGGAAGCUUGGACUAAUACGAUUCUAUAGAUACGAUACAUCUUAUUUAAUAAUAGUGCAAAACGUUGGGGCAUAAAGCUCCCUCCGUGUGGCAAGGCAUGGCCUCUUGGCUCGGUCGCAAGACAUUACGGCUGCUUUUCUACGGCUCGGAUCACUUUUCGUUAGCAUCACUACGUGCUCUUCUGUCACUCAAACUCCCUCUAGCUGUUGUUACGAAACGGCGCUGUCCUGUGCAGCAAGUGGCGAAAGAUGCUGGACUUACAAUACAUUAUUGGCCCUUUACUGUACCAAAAGGACAAUUCGAUCUCGGUGUGGUAGUUUCAUUUGGGCAACUUAUUCCUGCAGCCUGUAUUCGUGCAUGUACACAUGGUAUGGUGAACGUACAUCCGAGUUUGCUGCCUCGGUGGCGAGGAGCAGCCCCUUUAGUGCACACAAUUCUGGCAAAUGAUGAACGGGCUGGCGUAUCCCUUAUUACAGUGGCUCAAAAUCGCUUUGAUACGGGCUUUAUCAUAAACCAAACUUUACUUAAAGAAAGUCCUCGAGAUUUGGAAUACGUCGAUCUCGAGCGUAUUUCUGCUAGAGCAGGUAUCACUACACGUUGUAGAGUUGUAGCUCAUCUCGGGUGCCGGGCACUUUGUAAACAUAGUGCAAUCUGGAGGUCAUACCAAGUGAAUGUUUCACAACAUUCACAAAUAAGCUUAUAUCAAGUGGGUGCCAGCCUGCUCGUAGAAUUCAUGUCAGACGUGGAAGGCUUGCUUGCUAACGCUCGUCCGCAAAGUGAAGACGGAGUCACGAAAGCUCCAAAGGUUAAUCCUUCAAUGGGAGUUCUCGAUUUUCGACAAACUAUUACUCAGGUGGACUGCCGGCGACGAGCGGUUGCUGAUUUCGAGCCUUUAACGUGUUGGUAUGGAAGAUGGAAACUGCGUCUUUUCCUGCUGCCUCUUAGUCAACGGCCUCCAGAUCCAAGUAUCAACGAUAUACUUCGAGAAGCUAACUCAGCCGCCGAGAAUGCCUAUACAAGUGACACUCUUAUCAAUGGUAUAGUUCCCCCUGGUUAUGCUUUUUACCAUAAAAAACGGCGUCUUCUCACAGUUCGUUGUAUUGAUGGCUGGGUUUGGGCGGAGCACGUUACUGUCAAGGGAAGAAGAAAGAUGACAGCGCAGGAGUUUUAUGCCGGAUUCCUUAAUAAGUCAGAUUGUAAAACAUUUACAAGAGAGCCAUUAACCGCAGUUCAUACAAGUUCUCAAAAACUGCCUCAUAAAAUGUAGACAAUGGUUUAUUUAUAUGCAUUACUAAAAGGCAUUAAUAUAAAAUAAAAUGUUUUACCCGUU